AUGGGUCCAGGCAAUGGUUCAGAAUUUCUCCUUCUGGGAUUAUCAGUAAAACCAGAACUGCAGCCCCUCAUAUUUGGGCUUUUCCUCUCCAUGUACCUGAUCACUGUGUUGGGAAACCUGCUCCUCAUCCUGGCUUUCAGCUCCGACUCCCAUCUCCACACGCCCAUGUACUUCUUCCUCUCCAACCUGUCCUUGGUAGAUAUCUGUUUCACCUCCACCACCAUCUCAAAGAUGCUGUGGAACAUCCAGACACAGAGCAAAGUCAUCACCUGUGCAGUCUUCUUUAUCCAAAUUUAUUUUCUCAUACUCUUUGGAGGGUGGGACAACUUCCUUCUAACCGUGAUGGCUUAUGACGGGUAUGUGGCCAUCUGCCACCCACUGCAUUACAUGGUCAUCAUGAACCCCGGGCUCUGUGGACUGCUGGUUCUGGUGUCUUUUAUCAUUAGUGUUUUGAAUUCCUUGUUACAUAGCUUAAUGGUAUCGAGACUGUCCUUCCCUGUGGAAUUGGAAAUUCCCUAUUAUUUCUGUGAAAUUAAGCAGAUGAUUAAACUUGCCUCUUCUGACACCUUUCUUAAUGACACUGUGAUGUAUUUUACAACUGUACUGUUGGCUGGUGGUCCCCUGGCUGGGAUCCUUUACUCUUACUCUAAAAUAGUGGCCUCCAUAUGUAGAAUGUCAUCAGCUCAGGGGAAGUAUAAGGCAUUUUCUACCUGUGCGUCUCACCUCUCAGUAGUCUCCUUAUUUUAUUGCACAGUCCUAGGCGUGUACCUCAGCUCUGCUCCUACUCAUACCUCACAGUCAAGUGCAAUCACCUCAGUGAUGUACGCGGUGGUCACACCCAUGCUGAACCCUUUCAUCUACAGUCUCAGGAACAAAGACAUAAAGAGGGCUCUGAAUAGCUUCUUGGGGAUGACAAGUAUCAAAGGGACAAUUGUUUUGGGGCUAAAAAAGUGCCUUUGAUUUCAUGGCUCAACACCCUGAAACCAGAAACUGUGAUUGAUCAUGUGGAAGAGAACUGGACCCUUCUGUUUAUUCCCUGGCAUGUCCAUUUUUUUGUGUUUAACUUCUCUAUAUAAAUAAUUCACUUUAUUAAGCUUCUGGUCUGUUUUUACCAUUUUUAUACAAUCUCAAAGUUUUUCUCAACCUUGCAUCAGAAACAUUUGGAAAUAUUCAUAUCUUUCAUGGGACAACUUGGAUUUCUCUAAAAUAAUUUCAUCUCAAGUGACAUAUAUCAUGCUAAGAAAUUUUCCUCUA